AUUACAAAUUCAAUAUGUGCAAUCUGUGACUAACUCUUAUGUAUCAAUCAUCAGUGUUCAGUGUUAAUUGCAGUGAUGCCAUUCCAAACUGAUGCCACAAAGCUGUCACUGGCCUCAGGUGUCUCUCAUUAGCUCUGGUAAUUGACAUGAGGUCUGUACAGCGAUGUGGCCAUCCAAGUUAUAUAGUAAUGUACAGGCACAAAGUCAGCUCUUCAACAAAUGGGAGGAAGACCAUAUCCUGGAAAACAAAAGAGAAAUGUCUGCAUUAGAGUGCUUACCUGCAGAAAUUCUACACUUAAUUGCUCAAUUCUUAACAGCAAAAGAUUUGUUGGCAUGCUCAGCAGCCUGUUCUAGACUCAGAACAGUACUGAACGAUGAUCUCAUCUGGCGGAGGUUUUGUAAAAAUAAUAUAACAAAGUGCAUAACAAAAUCAAAGCCAAAAGUUGAUACAUCUUAUGGAAUAUCUUAUAUAAGACAUGACUUGGACCCAAUGUGUAAUGAGCGAACCAACUAUAUGCACCAAAACCAACUGUUAAAUAACUGGAAGAAUGGAAGGUUUGUGGAACAUAAAGUUAAUUCAUCGACAGGGCUUUACUACAUGUGUUUGAAAAGUGGGACCCCUAUUAUUUAUGAAAAUGUGUAUUUAUUUCUAUACGAUUUUUAUGGACAUAGGAUAGUUGUUUGGAAUAUUGAAGACAUUCCAUUUCGACACACUAGUGUUCGAUUACUUUACCAUAACUACUUCUAUGAGGGAUUACACUAUCAAGUAGCUGGAGACAAGCUUGUCAUUGUAGAAGUAGGGAAGCUUAUUCAGAUGUAUGGCAUUAAUCUCCCCGAUAAGAAUUUACCUUUGGUCUAUAUCAUUUUGUUUGACCAGUGUGAACCGAUGCACAAGAUUCCAGAAUUCACCACUCCCGAAGAAAUGUAUACUGUUUGCUACCACAAAAUCAUAGAAACAAAAAUUUACAGCCACAAGGUCGGCAAGCCUGUAAUUCACAUUUGGGAUACACAAACGGGGAAAAAGAUAGUUGCUUUAGAACCUCCAAAAGCUGGGAAUGAUUUUGAUGUCCUAUGUGCUGCAAGGAACGGAAAUGAUUUGACACUCUGUUUGGAAAUUAAUGAUCCACAAAGGCAAUACAAUGCUUUAGGUACAGUUUAUGAGGUUUUGACUUAUAGUUUUUCAAGAGAUUUUUUCAGAACUUUUUGGACCAAUACAAAAGGUUCUUCUACUACAUAUGUCCCUUUUCAUGCUGUUCUACAUAGAGACCUCAUUAUAUUAUUUUGUCGUUUGCACAACUAUUUCAUAGAAGAUCCAUCAUUACCUAAGACUGUAAUAGUUCUGUAUGACUAUAAGUGGGGUGUAAUAAUUGGAGAGAAAACUUUUCCAGAGUUAGUCUGCCACAAACAAUCUAAAGUUGUGAACAAUCAACUCUUAUUGGCUACUGCUUUUUGUGUGUACCUUGUUGACCUUCUAACACUCGACACUGUUCUUUCAUUCAAAUUUGACUGUGGUAAAAUAGAGUUACUUAAUGUGUUUGACGGUAGCUUAAUAAUAACUACUCCAAAGUCUUUGAUAUCUGUGUCAAAAACUAAAAGGAAGGAAGUAUGGGACAUCAAGAACAGACGAAAAUGUUUACAAUUGACUUAUGUUUUCACAAGCCCAUAUACAAAAGACUCAGUUUUUGUUAAUCAGUCAUUCACUAAGCUAAUAGUUGUCGGAAAGGGAACCUUGGCUGUUCUUAACUUUUGGUAAAAGGUCAAACCUUUAAGUUUUCCUUUUUAAAUUUACAAAAUUUUGUUAUUCAAAACUAGAAUAUGAUGCUAACUAUGGCAACAAAUAUUAUUAAAAAACAAUCAUACUGUUUAAAUUUUCAGAGUUUUUAUAUUGAGGAGUUGACAAUAAGCUUCAUCUAUUUUUCAUCCAUUUAUUUAUGUGUAUAUAAAAUAGUAAAAUUAUUUUAUUGCGAGGGCUAUUCGGAAAGCAAGGAAAGUUUCUUCUAACGCUGCUUGUACAUUUUGGUGGUGCGCACCAAACACUCGGCAACUCAGUUGGUGUCCAGCCGUGACAACGGGAACAUCUCCGCACUGCCAGUUUUUUUUGCAAUUUCAACUGAAGAUGUGCGCUGUGAUUGAAAAUCCCGCCAGUUGUGCGGUGCGGUCAGUGCCGAUGAUAGACAUGUAUCACCAAGUGUGGGAAGUUUACGGAAUCAAUGUAAUGAAUGAAAGUUUUGUGCGAAAAUGGUGCAUUCAGUUUCAUGACGUUCGUUCAUGACAAAGCGAAGAGCGGACGCCCGAGCAUUGUGACUGAUGAACUAUUGCUAAAGUUGAUGAAAAGGUUUGCAAAAACCGGCGUUUCACAAUAACGGAGCUUUUGCUUUGUUUCCCACAAGUUUCACGGACUUGUUAUUUGAAAUUGUCACACAAAGGUUAAGCUAACACAAAUUUUGUGCAAUAUGAGUGCCAAAAAUGCUCACUGACCACCAUAAAGGUCAGCGACUCGGGGCAGCUUUGACAUUUCUGGAUUCCUACGACAGACAUGGUGAUUCACUACUAGAUCGCAUCGUGAUGAGACAUGGGUAAAAAGGUUAAUUGCGAAACAAAAUUACAGUCCAUGGAGUGGGGGCACACAUGCACCCCCCCCCAAAAAAAAACAAGAAAAUGUUUGCAAAUAUUGUCAGAAAGGAAGAUUACGGCGACGGUUUUUAGGAACAGGCAAGGUGCUUUCUUGGACGUGGUGCAACAAUAAACUCUGAUCGGUACUGUGAAACUGGCAACCUUAGGAGAGCAGUUCAAAACAAUAGCCCAGUCAAUGGUAUAAAUAAGGCAGAUGCCGGAAGUAAUUCUGGGAAAGCUGGAUUUUUCUAUGCUGUUUAGACCUUGUUGAGAUGUGUAUUUUCAUUUUCCCAAAAGUCCCCGCUUCUCCCCCUUGUGCUUUCUUCUCAACCCCACUUUUUAGAUACAUUUACAGUCUCUUAGAAAAUGAGCUAUAACUUCAAGACAGGUAAGGAUAGCAAUGCAAUCUAUUGUUAAUCCUUUUUGCGAUAAGAUUUUCUACAAAAAGUGUAUUUACCAUGUUAGCCUAAAUAUUCAUAUAUCGCAAAAAAAUAACAUAAACAUAAACAUUUUAUUUUUAUUGUUUAACUAGCUGUACCCGCGGGCUUUGCCCCGUUUAACUUCAUAAGUAUUCGCAUGGCUCAUUCACGUCCUGGUUGAAGUUUGUUCGCUACGCUCACUCACCUUUAGGUUGGAGCUCGUUUGCUGCGCUCACUUGACUUCAGGUUAGCUCGUUCGCUACGCUAACUCGCCUCCAGGUUGAAGUUCGUUCGCUACGCUCACUCACCUUUUGGUUGGAAAUUAGCUGUUGUCAUAAAUAAAAAAAAUAAUAGUGCUGCACCCUAUUGGUAAUCCUUGUAACUUUGAUGCUAUUGAACAUCAUAGAACAGAACCAACUUGUUUAAUUGAAACAGCUGUUAAGGUCAUUAAUUCCAUUUAAAUAUGAGUACUCAUAAGGUUAACAUGGGAAACCCCAGAGCCACUGGGGUGGAGCCCAAAAGGAUUUUUGAGAUAAGAAUAUGCUUUAAUGUUAAUCAGGAAUGUGAGCUAUCAUCAUGCCAAAUUUCAGCCCAAUCCGUCCAGUAGUUUAUGCGUGAUUGAGCAACACACACACAAACACACACACAAACUCACAAACUUUCAGAUUUAUAAUAUUAGUAAAAUUUGAUGAAACCUUUCCUUAGAUUUUUUAAAUGAGGUCGCACAACAAAAUGUUUCAGGUAAAAAGUUGUAGUACACAAUCUAAGCUUAAAAAUGAUAUAUAGUUAGUAACAGUUUGUUCCCGUAUAGUGCUUAAUAUAGACAGUACAGUAAGUUGUAAAAUUUCAGUACUGUAUACAGUAAAAUUUCACAGGACUCUGGCUUUUUUACGGGCCGCAACAAUGAAAACAAUUUACGUAUAUUAUGGUUGCUGUAUAUGAAUUUGCCGCAUUAUAUAGAACAUAUUUUAGAUUCUGAGGUUCAUUUAGUACAUAUACAGACUGUUGUCUGGUCUGUUUUGGGCCCUGUACUAUUUUUAUGCUAUUUGAGUGGUUUGCCAAAAUCUCUUUCUACUUUGAGUUUAAAUAAUCAUAAUCAUUUUUGUUUAUUUGCAGAUGAUAUUAAUCUUUACUAUCAGUGGAAAAAGUUGGUAUAGUGUCUUGGCAGAGUCUCAACAAGAAAUUGAUCAAGUUAAUGAUGAACUAUGUAAUCUUAACUUACUAUUGAAUAAAAAUAAAACCACGAUAAUUAAUUUUAAGUGUAAAGAUAUUUCUAAAUUAAAUCAUUUGGAUAGUGCGCAGCUUCAACUUUCUGAUAAUACUACUUUUUUGGGCCUACAAUUAGAUCACACUCUUAACUGGACAAAACAUGUUGAGAAAGUAUGUUUUUAAAUUAAUUCAGGCAAUUUUGCAUUGAGAAGACUGGCCCCUUUUUGUAAUUUGGACUCAUUGAAAUCAGUUUAUUAUUCGUUAAUUCACUCACACAUUCUUUAUGGUAUAGAGCUUUAUGGUGCAACAUCAAUUAUUAUGCAAUCUACAAAGAAUCUUACAUUUUCAAAAAAUUGUAAUUAGGACUACGCUUAAGCUUCCUGAUGAGGAUCGUUGUAGAGAUCAAUUUCGUAAUCUGAAAAUUAUGACUGUCUUUAGUCUUUAUAAUUAUAGAACAGUAUUACAUGUAAAAAAUAAUGAAGAGACUUUGCCAAGACAACGAAUAGUUCACACAUAUAAUACAAGAAAUCGGGAAAAUUUUCAAAUUAAUAUUUCUAAAAAAGCAAUUUCAAACAAAAAUCCAACUGUUUCUGGGAUAAAAUACUAUAACUACCUUCCUGAAAUCAUAAAAUCUGAAAAGAGUUUGAAAUGCUUUGAAAAAAAAUUAAAAAGAUUUCUUGCGGCCAAAGCGCAAGAAAUCAGUGGUGUCAGUUUUAAGGAAUUUUUUUGUGUUUAAGCAUAGAUAAAACAUUCUCCCUCAGUAGAUUUCUCAUCCUUAUGGAUCAGCUGAAGACAAUUUUAUUGUUAGUUCUGUACGGUUUAUGUAGGAGGUCGUGUUUUGUUUACAAUUUGUUUACAGUAAUUUAAAACCUCAUUUAAGAGUGAAAAUUUAAAACGUACGUUUUCAGGAAAAGCACUUUGCAAAACUUUUUCCCCUUUUUUCAAAACUUUUAUCAGUUUUUUUAUUUCAUUAACAUUUGAAGUUUCAUAAAAUGUCCAUGGUAACACAAUAUCUUUGGUAGUUUUUUUUUUUAAAGAGCAUCUUUAGUGGAAAAACACAAAAUCGUGUCACGACCAUAACGGACGUUUAAAUGAAUAUUAAAAAUAGUCAAUAUUAUUUUUAUAACUAUGUUUUGCUAUAAACUAACUUUAUUUUUUUUUUGUGGGGGCUGGGGUAAUGGCAUACCCCUAGCUACUUCGGCCUGGAGACCUUUUGUAGCACCCUUUAAUUCAUUCUGACAGCCCUAGGCUUCUCAAGUAGCCCAGGAGCUGAAAGACACCCAGCUUCCUUAUCUCUGUUGGUUCCAGGAAUAACCUCCCCAGAGAUGUAAGCCUUCUAUGGGCCAACGCUGGACAGUCCAGCCAUAAGUGUUCUGAGGUUUCUACCUCGUUCUCACAGACAAACUAACUUACUUUUUUGACCAUUAGACAAUAAAAAGGUCACUGAGCUUUUGGUGUAUUUGGUCUUUCUAUAAAAAAACUCAAAAAAUUGAAAAAAAGCCAAUAAAAUCUUUUUAAGUUUGUAUAACUCCGAAAAAACUUACCUGAGAUCCAAAAAAUCGUUAUGUUUGUAAAGAGGUGUGCUUCUUUUGUGUAUAAAACAUUGAAAUAUGACGAUAUUUUAAUUUUUGAAAUUUUUAUGAUAGAAAUCAUAAACGUGAUGGUCAGGGACAAGCGGUACGGUCGUGAAUUGUCUGAAAUAGGUAAUCUAAAUCUUUCUAAACAAUCCUUCAAUUAUACUGUUAGUUAUAAUAAAAAUAUGUGUUUCAAUUGAACUAAACUGUUCAAUUUACAAUUAUAUUAAAGUUAUUGUCACGACCAAACACACUUUAAUCCAUAAGGCUGGAUUAGUCGUGAAAAAACCCGCGAUGGUCGUGAAAUUACGUGUUAUUUGGCUCUGUUCUGGCGGUAGCCCUGCACCUCAUGUUCGAGGAUACAAAGUGGACUUCUAGGUUAAUAUAGCAAUUGAAAUAUCUUAUAAACAAAAAUUAACACCAUGUCUACUUCAUCGAAUGACUACGUACGGUCAUGGACACACCAAAAUUACAAAAAACACUAUCUUUCCUUUAUUAAUCUUGCAAUUCCUCCUUUCAACUUGAAACGACCGGCACUACAAUCCUGACGUACACCCCGAACUAGUCUCUAAAACCAACUGACUACAUCGACUGGCUUGCCACUGUCGUGCUCCAAAGUUGAAAAUUAUUCCCAACUGGUCGUGACGCCAAAUUGAGGGACAGACUUAUUUUGUCAUGGUAGUCAGUUUGCAAUGACAAUAAAAUUAUAAUAUGCUCCUUUUAAUAACCAUUGAUGACAUAAAAAUAUAUAUGGCUUUAUAUAUUUCGGCAUGAAUAAUUAGUCUAAAAACAGCGUGAAAGUUGGAAAAUGUACCCUAGGGACAUGGUCGUGAAUUUCGAGACUUAAAAAAUACAAAAAAAAUACCUAGAACCUAUUUAAAACUAAAUAAAUGUGUGUAACAUGUUGCCCCGUCCCAAAAAAUAUAAAAACACAAUAAUAAACUACAAAUCCAGUAUCUACGAAGUAAAAGGCCAGGGACAUGAAAACGUACGUUUUUAAAUUUUCACUCUUAACCACAUAAUAAGAUCUAAUCAUAAACAAUAACUUGUCCCCUAGUUAUAUAACCAAACAGUAAAGCACAAAUCAAGAAAUUAACCCUAAAAUAAUAGAAACAAAAUUUCGGCGACACUAGCGCCCAGUGUCACCGUACAUGAACUAGACACGAAAAACGUGCUUCAAAAUUUACAAUGGGAUGAGAAGUCUACUUGUGUUGGUUAGUCUAUGGUUUAAGGUUAUUUAAAUGAAUAUUUAUUUUAAAUAUAUGUAUAAUGUAUCUAUUUUCUAUCUAGUUAUUAGGCGAUAUAAUGUAUGAUGUAUUGUUCUGAACGCCAUUCAUGUAUACUUUUGUAUAUAUGUGAAUAAAGUAUCUUUGAAUUGAA